UCUGUUUUUCUAUUUUCUGUGUUUCUUGAAUGUUGGGAUAUGUACCAAGUUUUUCAAGCUACAUCAUCAUUUAAAUUUUGUAUUUAAUGAACAAGUCCGACCGAUGUAAACUUUUUAAGAACGCCUAGGGCCAGUGGUUUUGUGAAAAUUAUAAAUUAGAUAAAAGCAAUCAUGGCUGAAGAUGCGGUGCAUUUAGACAAUGCUAAUGAAUAUAUUGAAAAUCUUUCUAAAGAACUACAAGAGCUAAUUACCUACCGUGAUAUGUUUUUUGAAAAUAAUCCUAUAGAAAAAGCCAAGGACAAACAUAAAUGUGUUGAAGAGAAAAAGGAAAAUUUGAUAGAAAAGUUUGAAAAUAUUGAUGUGGAUACACAAAUUCCCUUCCCUCUAAGAGCUAAAUUUCAGUACCUAAAGGGAAGAUGUUACAAUGUCAGUCUCAAAUAUGAUUCGAGAGCCACACAGUGCUUAAGUAAAGCUGUUAAGUUGAAUCCGCAUAUGGUUGAGGCUUGGAAUGAAUUAGGAGAGUGUUAUUGGAAGAAUAUCAAUGUUAAAGAAGCAAGAGCCUGUUUUGAAGGUGCAUUAAAACAUGAAAGAAAUAGAAUAACACUAAGAUGCCUCUCAAUCAUACUACGUCAAGAAGCUAGCACAAGGAAAGACCAUGAAGCCACACAGAUGAUACUGAAAAGCGUUGAUUAUGCCAAGGAGGCUGUAUCACAAGAUAUAAAGGAUGGACAAUCGUGGAUCAUUCUGGGGAACUCAUAUCUGUGUCAGUAUUUUACAGUAUCGCAAGAUCCGGCGAUAUUGAAGCAGUGUAUGAGUGCUUAUAAACAGGCGUAUUUGGAUCCAAUUGCUAGAGGACAGCCGGAUCUGUAUUAUAAUAAAGCAAUAGCACUUAAAUAUGAGGAGAACUACAGCGAAGCCCUCGAGACGUUCAAUAGAGCGUGUGAUUUAGAUCCGUUAUGGAUGCCACCGGAUAGAGAGAGAAUAAAGCUCAGACAGUUUCUAGCUAGUGCUGUGGAUUUGUUAAGAACUCGAGGCAAGAUAAAGUGCAAGCGAUUGGCUAAUAUGUUGCAGGCUGUCGACAAAAAGAUGCUAGGAGACUACACCCCAGGAUCAUUUGUAACCAUUGGCUCUCGACGUGAUGUUAUUCUGGAGCAGGUGCGAAUAGACGCAUUGCAAGAAGGUGCCAACGAGAACAAAGUUAUAUUGGGAAGAGUUGUGGGCUCUAUACAUAGCGAGAAUGCAGUGCCCUUUGCAUUUGGCAUAAUAGACGAGAGCAUGAAAUGCAUGGUGGUAACCGCUUACAACUGGGCGGCCGGUAGAGGGACUCUCAUUGGGGACUGGGUCGCCAUACCGGAGCCUUAUGUGAGGACGCAUAACAUUGUCACGCCGGAAAUGAAGUACAUGUUCAAGUCCAUCCGCGUGAACAACCCGAUGACGAUGUUCGUGAACGGGCGUCGGGUGGAGCGCGGCCAGGUGGCCGGCACCAGGGUGUCCAGCACCUACGAGAUGCACUGACGACGCGUCACACGCCGAUGAGGCGAUGUGUCGUGUCGUCGGGCGUGUCGUGCGACAUGUCGUGCGAUUGGCGUGUAGGAUGUGUCGUAUAGUGUCGUGUCGUAUGUUGGCUGAUGUCUGGAGAACGCGAUAUCCUGUGUACUAUGAUCUGAUUUAUAGUGAGCAAUUUCGGUAUUCGAUUUGUCGUAUGCUUAUAGAGUAUAUGUGAUAUGUCGUGAGAAACGCUGUUUAAUUGAUUAGCUGUACGUUACCGAUACGAUAUGUCAUAUGACCAUAUCAUGUGUCGUACGAUGCUAAGUGUCGAAUUUGUUGUCGGUCUAAAUGUUAUCACUAUGAUUUGAACGACUUAUAUGUGACAAUAGGCAGACAAUCGUGUCAGCGAUAUUAUGGUCGUAGAGGUACACAUAAUAAGUGAUUAAGAAA